AUGGUUGGAGAUUGCUGCAAGCCCAUGUAUAAUGGACAGCGCAUCGGAACACUCUACGCCUGUGCCAUAGGAAUGCAGUUGAACAGUGAAGGAUGUAAACUGGCAGAAUACAACAGGCUGAAGAGCAUGUUAUUGGAUCUACAGAGCCAGAGGUACUUCCAGAAGGAAAAUCUAACCAUGGAUGCGGUAACGCACAAGAGACAUUUGGUGGAAAGCAUGUUCAAGGACUUUGACAUCAGUAGAAACGGCUUUGUAGACAACAGCGAACUGACACAGGCACUGAUGCAAGGUUUCCUUGACAACGACCCCUUUGACUGCAACUUGUUUGAUCUUCUUCAGUACGACGACUACAAUAAAGACAGCAGGUUGACACUAGAGGAACUCUACACAGCAUUCCAGGUUAUUCAGCUAAACCUUCCAGAAGAUAGGAAGGUCAGUGUUACCACGGUGACCGUCGGACUGAGUGCCGUUAUGUCAUGUGCUGUUCAGGGCACCUUGAGACCACCUAUCAUCUGGAAACACAAUGGAAUCACGUUGAAUUUCUUGGACUUGGAAGAUAUCAAUGAUUUUGGUGAUGACGGUUCCCUCUACAUUACAAAAGUGACAACAAUCCACAUGGGCAACUACACGUGCCAUGCCUUUGGCUAUGAAGACCUCUUCCAGACCCACAUCCUGCAGGUGAAUGUCCCACCGGUGAUCAGAGUGUACCCAGAGAGCCAGGCACAAGAGCCGGGUGUGGCCACGAGCUUGAGGUGCCACGCAGAUGGGAUUCCCAACCCAAAGAUUACCUGGCUGAAAAAUGGUUUGGAUCUCACGUCAACAUUGCCUAACCAACUUGCGCUCCGAGCAAAUGGCGGUGAAAUUCACAUUAAAAGUGUACGCUAUGAGGACACCGGAGCCUACACUUGCAUUGCGAAGAACGACGCGGGUGUUGACGAAGAUAUCUCAUCCCUGUUUGUUGAGGACGCUGCUCGAAAGACUCUUGCAAACAUACUGUGGCGAGAGGAAGGGUUAAGCGUUGGAAAUAUGUUCUACGUUUUCUCUGAUGAUGGAAUCACAGUAAUCCAGCCUGUGGGAUGUGAGAUUCAGAGGCAGAUCAAAGCUAGCGACAGGAUCUUUGUAAGCUUUGAAGAGAUAUGUCCCUCUGAGGAAGAACAAACUGUUCCACGUUGCAUCUGGGCCUCUGCUGUUAACAUCAGAGAUAAGUACAUCUAUGUUUCCCAACCCACACUGACUCGGAUACUGAUCAUUGACGUUCCAUCACAGAAAGUCCUACAGGCUGUGUUGACAGAUCCGGUUCCGGUGAAGUUACAGUAUGACAAGUCACAUGACCAAGUCUGGGUCCUCAGCUGGGGAGAUGUGAACAAAAGCAAACCUACUCUGCAGGUAAUUACCCAAGCAAGUGGAAAUGGAGACCAUCAUACCAUCCACACGCAACCCGUUGGCAAAGAGUUUGAUCGAGUUGACGACUUUUUCAUUUCUCCAACCAAUCUCAUCAUCAAUCACAUUAGGUUUGGCUUUAUUCUUCAUGGCUCGAACGCAGCACUGCACAAGAUUGAUCUGGAGACCGUGGCUCACAUUAAAACCAUCAGCCUAAAGAACUACAGCUGCAUCCCAGAUGCAAUGGCCUACACUCACCUGGGUGGCUAUUAUUUUAUCCACUGUCAGAGAAAUGGCUCAAGUCCGCCCCAGUCACAACUCAUCAUUGACAGCGUCACUGAUUCCGUAAUAGGAUACAACGGUAAAGUGUCAGGUACUCCGUACAUCUCGCCAGACGGCAGCUACCUAGUCAGCACAGAUGAUUACCAUGGGCUAAUUACAGUCCAGUCUCUCACCUUCCGGGGCGAGAUCACGCCUGCGUUUGAAAUCGCCACAAACCUGCGCGUGGUUGAUGUGACCUUUCAGCCGUCGUUCACGGAAGCCAACGAGUAUUACAUCUACGCCAGUUCCAGCGUUCAAACAGACCUCCUGUUCAUCGAGCUCUCCACGGGCAACGUGAAAUUCAUCAAGGGCUUGAAAGUUCCCAUCGAGCCCAAGGACUGGUGGUGGAACGGCAACAACCGGGCGAUAGUCAGCAGUGGUCUAUUUGGACAGUACCUGAUCACUCCCUCCAAUGAGUCCCUGUUCAUCGUAGGAGCACGGCAAAACACAUUGAACUGCGAGAUAUCCAAGAUAACACGAGGCAACACAAUUGUGUGGGUAGAGGAAGCAUGAAAAGCCACUGAGCGGAGUUUAACUUCAUCCAAUGACCUUUUACACUGCUUAUGAGACAACUGUACAGUAAACAUCUUCAUUUUUUACACUGAAAGGCAAUCUUACUGUACACAACAACUUUGCUGACGUUAGUGUUUUGAAUAUUGUGAGCAUUAGAUUGCAACUUUCAGUUGCAUUAUUAAACCUUUGAUUGUGAACCAUUUUCAUUUUUUUAAAUCAUUCAUUGUCUAUCCCAUUUCUGCAGAAAAAGAUAUAUAUUUUCUAUAACUUUUCACUGUGGACUGUCAUAAAUGUAUUCUAACAAGCGCUACAGGACAUUUCCUUUCCCCUCACCUCCAUCUGUGUGGCCACAAUAACUUUUACUUUGGAAUCAGUCUCUCUGUUCCAUCUUUUUUUAAUUCGGGUGCGAUGAUAAAUCACAGUCCUCAAAAGGAUCACAAAGCAAAAACAAUAAAGAUGCUCGUUGAUUGAAAUUAUUCAGCUAA